CAUGCGAUACAAGGAACAAUAGAGAGGCUAGUGCAAAUUCCGGACAUACCUUGGCUACUUGAAGCGCGUUUAUUCUAUCUAACGGUGGCUCGGUUUGCAGGGCGGCAACGUCUCUGCGCACUCAUGGAGUAUGAACCCGUUAUCUUCAGUCAACAUAAUUAUCGUGACAAUUCAGACCCUGCAUCUCGUGUACGGUACUCCGUAGAAUAG